GACUUGACACAUUGCGAUGACAACGAGUUGUUUUGGUGACUACGUCUCUACAAGAGUUUACCUUUAUUAUUAUUCAAAGUCUUGCAAUUGAAUAUUCACCGAAUACGAGAUACGGAUUAACAUUUGAUAAUACGUGUCUAUACAAUAUCAAAUUGAUUUAAAUGUGUGUUGAAUAUUUACAUGCUUCGGCAACAUAAGUUCUGAUAUUUCAAAUUGAAUUUUUGCAUUUUAGCUAAAUCAUGGCAGGCACCAAUCCUUUUAACCACUUACUUAAGACUGUUACUGUUCAAGGAAAGGAAUAUAGUUAUUAUGAUAUUCCGGCUUUGGGUCCUCAGUAUGAAAAGCUUCCUUUCUCAAUCAGAGUUUUAUUGGAAUCAGCUGUUCGUAACUGUGAUGGUUUUCAAGUGCACCCGCAAGAUGUUCAAAAUAUUUUAGGAUGGGUAGAAAAUCAGCAAAAAGGAGAUGUCGAAGUGCAAUUCAAACCGGCACGUGUAAUUUUACAGGAUUUUACUGGGGUGCCAGCAGUGGUUGAUUUUGCAGCAAUGAGAGAUGCUGUUAAAAGUUUAGGUGGUGAUCCUAACAAAAUUAAUCCUAUAUGCCCAUCAGAUUUGGUUAUUGAUCAUUCAGUACAAGUAGAUUUUACUCGAAGUCCCGAUGCUCUACAAAAAAAUCAGGAGUUAGAAUUUGAAAGAAAUAAAGAGCGAUUCACAUUCCUUAAGUGGGGAGCUAAAGCUUUUGACAAUAUGUUGAUUGUACCACCAGGAUCUGGUAUUGUUCAUCAGGUUAACUUGGAAUAUUUAGCAAGAGUAGUUUUCACUGAAGGACCUAACAAGAGUUUGGUAAUGUAUCCUGACAGCGUUGUUGGAACUGAUUCUCACACUACUAUGAUAAAUGGGUUAGGUGUUUUAGGUUGGGGUGUUGGAGGUAUUGAAGCUGAGGCUGUUAUGUUGGGCCAAGCAAUUUCCAUGUUGUUACCUCAAGUUAUUGGGUACAAACUCGUUGGAACUUUGAAUAAAUUAGUCACAUCUACAGAUUUGGUGCUAACCAUUACUAAGCAUUUACGGCAAUUAGGAGUGGUAGGCAAGUUUGUUGAGUUUUAUGGACCAGGUGUAUCUGCAUUGAGUAUUGCAGAUAGAGCUACAAUUAGUAAUAUGUGCCCAGAAUACGGAGCCACUGUUGGAUACUUCCCUGUUGAUGAAAAUUCUUUGGUUUAUCUUAAACAAACAAAUCGUUCGGAUGACAAAAUCAAUUUAAUAAAGCUGUAUCUGGAAUCCACUCGGCAGUUGAGGAAUUACAGCGAUCCAAAUCAAGAUCCUAUUUUCACACAAUCUGUGACAUUGGAUUUGUCAACUGUUGUUACUUCAGUUUCUGGACCAAAGAGACCCCACGAUAGAGUACCUGUGUCGGAAAUGAAACAAGAUUUUGAACAAUGUCUUUCAAACAAGGUUGGAUUUAAAGGUUUUGGUCUUGCUCCGGCUCGGUUGCAAGACUUCGGUGAGUUUACGUGGUCUGAUGGCAAGAAGUAUCGAAUUGGACACGGUUCGGUCGUAAUUGCCGCCAUAACAAGUUGCACGAACACCAGUAAUCCUAGUGUCAUGUUGGGAGCUGGUUUGUUGGCUAAGAAAGCAGUUGAAGCUGGUCUUUCGGUUCUACCAUACAUCAAAACAUCUCUGUCUCCAGGAUCUGGUGUUGUAACUUAUUACUUGCGCGAGUCGGGCGUGGUACCGUAUCUUCAAAAACUUGGAUUUGAUGUAGUUGGAUACGGUUGUAUGACUUGCAUCGGUAAUAGUGGACCGCUCGAAGAAAAUGUGGCGAAUACAAUCGAAUCUAAUGAAUUAGUGUGCUGCGGUGUAUUAUCUGGUAACCGAAAUUUCGAAGGUAGGAUACAUCCAAAUACCAGAGCCAAUUAUUUAGCCAGUCCAUUGCUUGUUGUGGCUUAUGCAAUUGCUGGUACUGUGUGUAUCGAUUUUGAAAAGGAACCUAUCGGUAAGCGUGCGGAUGGUUCUGCAGUGUUUUUGGCGGAUAUAUGGCCUUCUAGAGAUGAAAUUCAGCAAGUAGAACAAAAAUAUGUGAUUCCUGCUAUGUUCAAAGAGGUUUAUGGGCAAAUAGAAAAAGGCUCUCCGAAUUGGCAAGAACUUGAAGCUCCCAGUGGCAAGAUUUAUCCAUGGGAUAAAAGCUCUACAUACAUUAAACAUCCGCCAUUCUUCCAAGGAAUGACUAAGGAGUUGCCAAAGCUGAAACCGAUCGUAAACGCGCGAGCUCUGUUGAACCUCGGCGAUUCCGUGACGACGGAUCACAUUUCGCCCGCUGGAAGCAUCGCUCGCAAUAGCCCGGCAGCCAGAUUUUUAGCUUCUAGAGGAUUAACCCCGAGGAACUUUAACUCCUAUGGUUCAAGACGAGGUAAUGAUGACAUUAUGGCUCGCGGUACCUUUGCAAAUAUUCGUCUUGUGAACAAAUUGGUACCGAAACCUGGUCCACGAACUAUCCAUAUACCCACCGGAGAAGAAAUGGAUAUUUUCGACUGUGCUGAAAGAUAUGCUAAAGAGGGAGUACAAUUGAUUGCACUAGUUGGUAAAGAUUAUGGCAGUGGGUCUAGCAGAGAUUGGGCAGCAAAAGGACCUUAUCUGUUGGGAAUCCGAGCUGUAAUUGCAGAAUCUUAUGAAAGAAUCCAUCGGUCAAAUUUGGUUGGCAUGGGUGUAGCACCUCUGCAGUACAAAAAUGGUCAAAAUGCUGACUCACUAGGUUUGACUGGUAAGGAAGCAUUCAGUAUCAACAUUCCAGAUGAUUGCAGACCUGGCCAAACUUUAACUGUACAGGUUGAUGAUGGUCGUUCAUUUGAAGUAAUUGCUAGAUUUGAUACUGAAGUUGAUCUAACAUACUACAAAAAUGGUGGAAUAUUGAACUAUAUGGUCAGAAAAAUGCUUUAAAAAUAUUGCAAUUAAUCAAGGACCAAUUAUACUGAAGGAAAUCAUUGAACUAUAGUGAGUUUUCAUGCAUAAAAGACGAUAUGAAUAACUAUUCUUAAUAUUUAUAAAAGCUCAAAUUGCAAUGUAGCAUCGAUUUAUGCAGUAUAAUUGCCCAUAGUCAAAUGUUUAAUAUUUAUAUAUUGUAUUGAAAUGCA